AUGACUAGCAUAAAGGAUGAUAUUACUAUUUAUGAUUACAUCAUUAUUGGUGGUGGAACAAGUGGUGCAGUUGCAGCUCGACGUUUAGCCGAGGGAAAAGAUCACUACAAUGUAUGUCUUAUAGAAACUGGUCCCAGCCACAAAGGUAUAGACAAUAGUCGAAUGCCUGGUGGUCUGCCAGCACUGUUUCAGGAGGGUGCGCUCGAUUGGGACUACGAAAUGGUUCCUCAAAAAGGAUGUAAUAAUCGUGUUCUAGCUGCUUCACAAGGCCGUGUUCUCGGAGGUUGCAGUGCAAUCAAUGGCACAGUGUUUACCCGAGGUGCCAAAGCCGAUUAUGAUCGAAUUGCUGACAUGGGAAAUCUAGGAUGGAGUUGGAAUGACAUGCUGCCUCACUUUAAAGCAGCGGAAACAUUUCAUCCGGCAGAGUGGCAUCAAGCAGAUUUGUCUGCUCAUGGCACUAAUGGACUCCUGCACACCGAACCACAUCCUCUGAUGCCUAUUUCACAAAAAAUUCUCGACUCAUUUAUCGAUCAAGGCUUUGAAUACAAACCAGAUAUGUUCGUUCAAGGUGAAUUUGAAGGUCUGCUAUGCUCAUAUUACGCUAUAAAAUGUUGA